AUUCAGUCUCUGAACGGCGAUCGACUAAAGACAACCAAAGAAAGACUACUUUUAUUUGACUUAUUGACGAAAUUAAGGAAAAAGAAGGAAAGAUUUAUAAUGGAAUGCUCAUUUAACGAAUAUCUUGAAAAGAUGAAAAAGGAAAUCAACAACGAGGACAGCUUUUCAUUACGUUCUAUGGAAGAAGGACUGAACGCUUCGCUGACACUUCAAGAAGAUGAUAAAAAUUUGAAAGAUGUUGGUAAUAUAGUUAGUAAAAAAGAUAAGAAAUUAUAUGAACCGAAUUUUGAAUCGGUUGGAGAAGAUAUAACCAGCGUUCUACCAACAACCGACGCCUCUAACUCGACCUUAAAAUUUAUCUCCCCGGAAACUCUUAUUGACGUUGUGCAAGGAAAAUAUAGGCAUUUAUUCAAAUUACACAAGGUCAUUGAUUGCCGCUAUCCGUAUGAAUUCACUGGAGGUCACGUGAUAGGGGCAAGAAAUUUCUCCAGUGAAUCAGGGUUAGCGGCAAAACUUUUUGAAUCUUCAGAAAAUAGCUAUAAGGGUGUCUUGAUAUUCUACUGCGAAUUCUCUUCUCAAAGGGCUCCCGGUAUGGCUAGAGCAAUUAGACGUUUUGAUAGAAAUUUGAACGCUGAUUGUUAUCCACGAUUGUGCUAUCCUCAAAUAUUCGUUAUGGAGGGUGGCUAUAAAAGAUUUUAUGAGAAAUUUCCAGAUAAUUGCAAUCCGGAAGGUUACGUUUCGAUGAUGGCGCCCGAAUAUCGUUUUAGCUUGAAAGCCUAUCGUAGAUCGACGACGUAUAAGGAGAAUUCGUCGAAGAAGACUAGAUCUACUAGAAGAUUAAAUACGGCUGUUCUGCCGCAAAUUCUCAACUUUCCUAAAGUGUGAGACAACCUGUAAAGAGACGACUAUCGUAUCACUAAGAAACUAGAGACAAUACGACAAUAUAUCCUAAUUUAAACGGACGAAACGAACGAAAAACCUAAAAAAAAAACCGACAAAAAAAUGUCAUGAAAAUGAAAAAAAGCACCAAAAAAAUUAUAAAAAAGUGUUUUUUUUUUUAAAAAAAAAAGCAAACAAAUGAAUAUAUAAAAUAUUUCUCUAAUUGUUAUUUAUUUAAA